UGUUCCAGCUAGUCUCUCAAUGUCUGAUGGUCAUCAUGUUCAGCGUGAAGCAAGCUGCUCUGCUCUUCAUUCAGCUGUUACAGACAACCGAUGUAUUUGCAGUCACUGCUAUAGCAGACCACUAUGACGUGUCGGUGUCCAGAGGAAGCUCAGUCAUGCUCACUUGCAAUAUAUCUGAAGAAAAUGCAACAAUGAUCAAAUGGACCAAAGACAGCUGGUAUUUUGUAUACUCCUCCUACAGUAAUCAAACUUUUUCAAAUUUCUCCUCUGACAGACUGAGAAUAGACACAAACAUACCUUCUACGCUCAGUAUUGAUAAUGCUCAGCAUAAUGAUGAUGCAGGACUUUAUUCUUGUAAUAUAAAUGGGAAUAAAGGCUUUAACUACAUGACAUGGACCGUAACAGUUCUUGGAAAUCAAAACGGAACCAGUUCAUCACAGUAUAUUAUAUUCAUUUUACCAUCUGCCUUUGGAUUGAUUUUAUUUUGUUCAGCAUUAACUGUCUGCCUCUGCAGAAAAUGUGACACCAGAAAAGAAAGACAGAAAUCAGUCCAACACCAGUCUCAGCUUCAAUCGGGAGGACAGGGAGUCCAGAAUCAGCUGCAAGGCACAGGUCAGUGGAGGAGCAAAAAGCACAGAAAAGACUACCUGGAAAAACUGAAUUCUGUUUAUGGUCAAGCCUGAGCUCAGACCUCUUUUAUUUACUUGAAGAAAUAGACCCAGUUUGAAGGACAUUAUUAUUGUGAUUAUUUAACUAAGGAGAUGUUUGACAUGUCAAUAAAAGGAAGUCACAAAUCAACAACA